AUGAGACCUUACAAACUAGCGAUCAUUUAUAUCUGGAAGUAAUCAAACGAAGUGAAUAGAAAAUUAAGAAAAUCUGCUUUGAUUUUUUAAAUUCAACCUUUUUAACAAUAGUUUUAGAAUUUUCUAGUUAAAUUACUUUUAUGUGAAACAUAUUAAUCAUUUCUAGCAAAGAACUUUUUGGUAUUUGAAUUAAAAUUUAAAUAUUGUGUUUAAUUUUGA